GCGGUUUCCGCUCGUGUCCCGCAGCGCCAGUCGGAACUCUCCGGCCCGGCUCGGGUCCAUGCUGAGCUGCAGGCGCAGAGCCUCGCUGCCCGCUCCGGGGAGGCACAGGGGCCGGAUACCGGAGUGGCACACCGAGACCCGGACCGACAUCAACACGGUGCUGCAGCACGGCGCCAGCGCAGGCCCGCCGCACGCAGCCGGUUGGGACGAGGCGGGGACCGGGGCUGGAGGAGCCCAGCCGCCGGAGCUGAGCGCCAUGUCGCGGACACCAGAGGCCGGGAAUGUGAGAAAGCCAUACGGGGAGUUGAUAGACGUCUACUGGGGCGACCCGCACAGAGCCGGCAUUAAGCCGCUGACGUUCGUCCGACAGGUCCUUGCAGCGUGUCUUCACCCUCAGCUGGUGGACAGCGACCAGCUGCCGGCGGACGUCAGACAGAGGGCUCAGGUGCUGCUCGGAUAUGCUGGAGGGAGUGUCGGUUCGUACACCGCGACACCGGGAAUACCAGAGGUAGUUCACAGAAUCUCUGAGUUCAUAACGAGGCGUGACGGCGGCGCUCCAUCGUACCCGGAGAACAUCUACAUCAGCCCCGGCUCCCAGUGGGGCCUCCAGAAUAUUCUCAAUAUCCUGGUGAACAGCGAGGCUUCGCCCAAAACCGGUGUGCUGACUCCAUUGCCGAGCUACCCCACGACCAGCAGCUCCAUGGUGGGACUGGGCGCAGUGACCGUUCCCUACAGCCUGUGUGAGGAGCACGGCUGGGAGCUGCAGGUGGAGGAGCUGCAGCGAGCGCUGGAGUCUGCAAAGGGAGUCUGCAAGCCGGUCGCUCUGUAUGUCAUCAACCCGGGGAAUCCCACAGGUCAAGUUCAGAGCAGGAAAUCGAUGCAAGAGGUGAUCCGGUUCGUUUCCGAGAAGAGGCUCUUCCUUCUGGCGGAUGAGGUCUACCAGGACUGUGUUUAUGGGGACAACUGUGAGUUUGUCUCCUACAAGAGGGUUCUGGCGGAGAUGGGUCCUCCUCUUUCUGACACGGUGGAGCUGGCGUCCUUCCACUCGGCCUCCAAGGGCUUCAUGGGAGAGUGUGGUCUGCGCGGUGGCUACGUGGAGCUGGUGAAUCUGGACCCCACCGUCAUGAAAUACAUCUACACGCUGUUCUCAAAAGACAGUUGUGCCCCCGUGUUGGGUCAGCUCGCCUUGGAUCUGUUGACGAGCCCCCCACAACCAGGAGACCCCUCCUACCCACUUUACCGCCAGGAGACGCAACACAUCCGGAGCACGCUGGUCCAGAACGUAAAGCGAGUCGUUGCGGUGCUGAACAGUCUACCGGGUUUCUCCUGCCAGCCUGUGGCAGGAGGAGCGUUCGCGUUCCCCAGAAUUCACCUGCCACCGAAAUCCAUUCAGAAGGCCGAGGAACUGGGUCUGGACCCAGAUCUGUUCUACUGCAUCAGACUCCUGGAGGAGGCCGGUGUGCUGGUCAGUCCUGGCUGUGAAUAUGGACAGAAGGAGGGCACCCACCACUUCAGAUUUUGCAUCAUGGUGCAGGAGGACUUAAUGGAGGAAUUACUGAGGCGCCUGACCAGCUUCCAUACACAGUUCAUGAAAGAUUAUUCUUAAAAAAAAGUUUCUUAUCAAGCCCAGAAGUGUGUGGUGGUGUUUGAAUCGACAGAGUUUAUCUUUUCAUAUUUAGUGUGUUGGAGACGUCGGUAAAUAGCAUUCGGGCCACGUGUGGUCGUAAAGUAAAGAGUUAUGUUAUGUCCAUCUGCAGCUUCAUAAAUCAUUCAAACAAUAAAAGAGAUCGGACCAUUUUAUGUUAGCAUGUGAAUAUUUAUUGCAAUAAAUAUGACAUCAAUUAUUA